CGGAAGUGACAACCGGAAAUACAUCCUUUGCAAUUUCUUGGACAAGCUGUCUUCUUGCAAGUGUCAGCAGACUUUUAAAGUCUGUUAUGUUCACGUUCAUCCAAGGAGUUGAUUGUAUGAAAGUCUGCAGUUCGCUCUGUUUAUGUUUGUUAAAUUUAAGGCUGGGAGUGUUCAGGAAAUGGAUCAGAUCGGUUUGUUUACAUGGUGAAUCAGCUGAUAAGAAGCUAAACUCCAGGGACACUGCCUUUACAAACUGUGUCACAUGAGCAGUUAAUUAUCGACCAGACGUGUUUUCAUGGAUAAAACAUAAGGAAGUGACUAAAGGCUGAAGAAAAGGGUUGUGUUUGGGUUCACACUGUGCUAGUCAACAAUGCGAAGCUAACAUCUUACAGCAAGGCGUUAGCAGCGUCAGGUUAUCGGAUUGUCACCGGAUCCGUGGCCCGUUUUGAAGGCUCUUCUUCAGCGUUGUCUUCAUGACAACAUGCCCUGCUCCUGUGGAGACUGGAGGCGGUGGAUUCGGCCUUUGGUCGUCGUGUUGUACAUUUUGUUAUUGAUAGUCGCCCUCCCGUUGUGCAUCUGGGAGCUGCAGAAGUCAGAGGUUGGAACUCAUAAUAAAGCAUGGUUCAUUGCGGGGAUAUUUGUGUUCAUGACCAUACCCAUAUCAUUAUGGGGUAUUCUCCAGCAUUUGGUCCACUACACUCAGCCAGAGCUCCAGAAACCUAUUAUCAGGAUAUUAUGGAUGGUCCCAAUCUACAGCUUGGACAGUUGGAUAGCACUGAAAUACCCCAGGAUAGCAAUUUAUGUGGACACGUGCAGAGAAUGCUACGAGGCGUAUGUCAUCUACAACUUCAUGACGUUCCUGCUUAAUUACCUGGAAAAUCAGUACCCCAGCUUGGUGAUGAUGCUGGAGGUCCAGGAGCAGCAGAAACACCUGCCCCCUCUGUGCUGCUGCCCACCAUGGCCAAUGGGAGAGGUUUUACUGUUGAGAUGUAAACUGGGAGUUUUGCAGUAUACUGUUGUAAGACCUGUCACAACAGUAAUUGCUUUAAUCUGUCAGUUGUCUGGAGUGUAUGACGAAGGCAAUUUUAGUUCGGCCAAUGCGUGGACGUACCUGGUCAUCGUCAACAACAUGUCACAACUGUUUGCCAUGUACUGCUUGGUGCUGUUCUACCGUGCUCUGAAAGAUGAGCUGAGUCCCAUCAGACCGGUGGGAAAAUUCCUGUGUGUCAAAAUGGUUGUGUUUGUUUCUUUCUGGCAAGCUGUAUUAAUUGCUUUGCUGGUAAAAGUGGGCAUCAUCUCAGAGAAGCGUACUUGGGACUGGCAAAGUGUGGAGGCUGUAGCUACCGGCUUACAGGACUUCAUCAUAUGUGUGGAGAUGUUCCUCGCAGCUAUUGCUCAUCACUUUAGCUUCACCUACAAACCUUACAUCCAGGAGGCUGAGGAGGUGUCUUGCUUCGACUCUUUUAUGGCAAUGUGGGACAUCUCUGACGUCAGAGCAGACAUUUCUGAACAAGUUCGCAAUGUUGGGAGAACAGUGAUGGGUCGUCCAAGGAAGUCCUACUUCGGCGAAGCACAAAAUGACGGCGAGAGGUCGGGCCUUCUCACUUCGGCGUCUCAGGACGCCAUUACUGAAGCUGCGCCCAACUUGGCGUCAUCAAGAGGCCAGUACGAAGGCCUGGGUAGAACCCUCACGCCACACUCUUUGUCAGCACCUGCUGGGCUGGACUCGGCUGCGUGGGACGAAGGGUUAGAGUCCAGACCUGAAUCGACCCAAGAAAAAGAAAGGACCGACCAAACCAAAGAACCGGAGGAGGCAGAUCUCAUUGUGAUCACUUAGCGUGGACUUGUGUCACAAACCGAUAAUGGUUGGGCAGGUCCCAGUCUGAGCCUUGCAAAGUUGCCUCAGACAUUAAUGAUGUAAAUGAAACAAAAGUUUUAUGAAAGGGCACAUCAGCCCAAAUAACAUUUUUAGG